AUGGAAUUUGGAAGCCACACUCCCAUUUCCAUGGAUUCUUCUCUGAGUCAGACCCCCCGCCACCCGGCUUGUGCUCACCACGAGCUUCGGCUUCCCGCCGCACACCAUGACAACAACCCCACAUCGACACCAAUGUCCAACCCACUGCAACGCGCUCAGUGGCUCCGGGCCGCCAUACUCGGCGCCAACGACGGCUUGCUCUCCACCACCUCACUCAUGCUCGGCGUCGGCGCCGCCAAGGAGAACAGGCGCUCCGUCAUCCUCUCCGGGAUCGCCGGAGCCGUUGCCGGCGCCUGCAGCAUGGCUGUCGGGGAGUUUGUCUCUGUCUCCACCCAAAGAGAUAUCCACAGGGCAACAGCAGCCGGCAGCAGCCAUUCUAGUUCGGAGCCAACCAAGCCAUGCCCAGUCACCGCCGUCUUAAUCGAUAUUGCUAACCCCGCCGGGGCUAGCCGGCCCAUGUCGCCGGCCAUGACAGGCAACCAAAAAUCGCCGCCAUCAGCCGCUACGCCGGAACGAAAGUCGCCGCUCAUCCUCCACCUGGCCAGGUCCCCCGCCAUGAAAGUCAUAGCAGAAGGUCGUUAA